ACAAAACGACUGUGUUUCACGCUGCCCAUUUCUGAAUAAACGAAAAAAACGUGUCCAUCGUUGCCCAAUAAUACACGUUGUUAUUGUUUGAACUCCACCCACUCACGCUCGUUCCUUUCAACCCUAGAAAUUGCAAUAGGAGAGGUAUAUGUAUGGACUUACAAGGUGCUGUUAAGGACAUAAUUGCUUGGGAUGGUACUCUCUCUUCAAGUGAUUUUUCCCUUUCUGCUCAUACAUUUUCUGAGAAGUGGAAAAGGUUCAAUCCUUCCUUUCCUCCAUGGCAGUGGAUCCCAUGUUUAAAACAUCAUUUGGUUGCUUCUCAUAAGGUGGAAGGAUACUUAUCCCUGGAGAACAUGUGCCAUAUCAAAUCAAGUGAGGAAGAAGAGAGUGAUAGAAGUCUGACAUGGAAAGAAGAGAGCAACAUCUCACAGAGAGAAGAGCCCUUUGAUAAUGCAGCUUUAGUAUGUCCAGAGCAUGAAGUAAACCAGUACGAUUUUCAUAUCGUCUACAGUGCUACAUAUAGAGUUCCAGUCUUGUACUUCCGUUCAUAUCAUGGUGAUGGGCAACUUUUGCCGUUUGAUGAAAUUGAAAAGGACCUUCCUGGUCACUCUGCGAAGUUACGAUCAGAAUCCAAAUGGACAUUUAUAUCUCAUGAGGAACAUCCAUAUUUGAACAGGCCAUGGUACAAAUUACAUCCAUGUGGGACAAGUGACUGGAUGAAGCUUCUCUUCAAUGGUGAUUCAUCUUUGAAUAAAAAGGAUUUUGUUAUUGAACAAUAUCUGGUUUCCUGGUUCUCGGCCAUUGGGCUAGUCGUCGGUCUUAAAAUGCCUUUGGAAAUGCUGGAUACUGUAGUUUCUAACAAUUCUUAGACGCUUAUUCAUACUUACAGAAAAAUAAAAUAAAGGAAAAGAGGACAAAGAAAAAGUUUUUGCACGCCACUUACAAUUAACUGUUGCAGUUGUCAUUUGUGAAUAGCAAUUUUACAUUUUUACUCAAACAUUAAAUGAAUGGUUAAAUAUGUAUUUUUACAUGCUUCUGCUGGUAAAUGGGGUAUGCAAUUGUAAUUUGAUAUGCGA